AUGAAAAUCGGCUCGCUAUUCGGUCUUUUGUCGCUCGUCAUCGGCCAGGUGUCAGCCGGCAAAGAGAACAUUAUGACGAUCGCCAGAACGGAAUCUUGGAUAUCGCCGGAAGACUUCGCGACGAUGAUCGAGAAGUCGUUUCGCAAUUCCAAGUGUUGCAACAUUUAUCUCAGCGAGCCAAUCCAUAGCGUGGAAAUGUUGUUCAAUCAAUUCAGGGAGACGUAUCCUCACGAUUAUCUGUUGCGUAGAAAAACUUACGAAUGCCAAGGGUAUUUCUUGCUGGGGCCGACGGACAAGGAAAUAGAGAGGGCGAUGAGCAAAGUACCCUCGUCUAUUUCGACCACAGAAAUCCUCAUUAUCGUGGACGGCGAGCUGAGAAACGACUCGAGGAUCUUCAACGUCUCUUUGUAUGGGAGUGCCAACGCGAACGUCGUGUCACGAUCCGGCAUUUGGACUUUGUCAGAGAACUAUCUGGACCCUCGAUUUUUCUUAAAAGUGGACAGGGAGUUGAGAGUGUGCACGUUUUAUCGGCCGCCCGUUUCCUAUCUCAACACGACGAUCAAGAAGAUAAUACACGGCACCGAGGAAGAUGUUUUUCUAGCGAAUAAUGACGCGGAGAAGGACGGGAUAGAGGUAAAAAUAUUUCUAAUACUUGCGGAGAAGUUGAACUUCACUUGGACGUUACGGAAACCAGGAGGAGCGUACAGGUACGGACGACGAAACGGAACACAGUGGAACGGUGGCAUGAUCCAACUUCUGCGGGAGAGAAAGAUCGACAUGGCGUUCGCGAGCAUCUGGCUAUCGGAGGAUCACAAUGCGUUCGCGAACUUGUCGGAGCCCUGGUACCAAUUGUUCAUACAUUUCCUGGUGCCACGACCGAAGGCAAUCACUAGUUUCUGGGCGCUCACGAGGCCCUUCCCGCUGGAAGUCUGGAUACUUCUCGUAAUUGUGUUGCUGAUCAGCAGCGCCUAUAUGUACGCGCGCGCUAAAAUCGAUCGGAAUUUUCCGAAACGCUUUCGCAGCUUCCUGAUCACCAUCACGGAAUUGAUCGGCCGCUUGUUGGGCACAUGGGUGCCCAUCAACACUGCGAACGCCCGACUCGAACUACACUUGUGGCAAACGGUGGGAGUUGUGUUGGUGACAGCGUACUGCAGCAGUCUCGCCGCGAGACUCGCCAGCUGGGAAUACGAAGACAGGAUCGACACGGUGCCUGAAUUCCUCGAGGCGAAUCUAUCGUGGGGUCGGAAGGGACAAGUGCCGCCUUAUCACGAUUACUUCGAUAUGGACGACCCUUACUCGAGUCAACUACCAUCGAGAUACAUUCACGUGAUGGACGACCAGAUGACGCAUCGGCUGGUCAUUACGGGCAGAUAUGCGAUCCUCGGCUCGAUCCUGGACUCGAUCUUCUUCCCGGAGGAUGAUAUCAUGAACGAGGAUCUUAAAGAUUACAGGGUCAUGAAGGAUACUGUGGGACAGUUUUACUCGUCAUUCGCCGUUCAGCCGUGGCUGCUGCAUCCCGUCAACAUGAUAAUGCUGUGGCUGAAGGAGGCGGGCAUCACGAAGUUUCACUUGAGCGAUGUCAUCCGUCGUAGGGCAAGCUUCAAUCUGCGUGAGGUUCUCAAGGAGUACGACGGUCACGACGGGACAGCACGGGUCCUCGGACUGAUCCCGUUAGGCGCCGGAUUCACCACGCUCGCCGUGGGCCUCCUGAUAUCCGCGAUAGUGUUCCUUCACGAGCUGAGACGAGCCGCGGGCACGCGACCGAUCCGCGAGGUCCUCCGAGAGGUGCGAGACAAGCGUGCGACAUGCACGACAGUUAACAUGAGGAAAAAAGUCUCGAGGAGAAGUCGAACUUGCGAGGCGUGA